CUUACUUCAAUUUCCUUCGUGUGAUUCUAUUUAAUUUUAUUUUUUCAUUCUUGACUUUAUUCUGUCUUUAUGAUUUGGUUUUCCAUACUAUCAAUACCCAGGCUACAGUUGAAAUUGAGGAUGUGGUUGAACUGCGCAAAAGAGGCUGUGCUCCGUCUGAUAGGUUGAUUCGGUUGCCCUAGUAGCUAUCUGUCCAGAUGGACAAAUAGUAUUAGUACCUAGCUGGAAGUCCCGGCUAAGCCGCUGUGCGGAGUAGCCAUCAUGCGCUUCUCCAAAGAUAGUUCCGACUCCUCCGUACCCCCCAUCUUCUGUGCUUAGGUUGUGGUUACAGCUACAUGAAAAUGAUAACAAUGGCUUUGCCUCAGCUUCAGGAUAUAGGAGCAUGUGCAUUAGAUACUAUAUCCGCGCAAAUGAUCAUAAAAUUAUCAAUAAAACGUUGCCAGCGCGACGGCAGUCGAUACUGGCGGGUCAUAUUAUCACGCCCUGCUGGAAGGUCUUCACUCCUCCUCUGCAGCAGCAUCGGCUUCGGCUUCCUUAGGUACAUCGCCAGCCUUAGCCUUGCUAGCAGCGGCGGCAGGGGCACUGGUCUUUGCUGUCUCUUCAGGAGCUUCCUCGGCGUCUUCCUCGCCUUCCGGUGCUUCCUCCUCUUCCUCAUCAACGCCGUUCUCAUCAUCACCGUUUUCAGCUUUGCCAUUUUCCUUGCCCUCUUCUUCUUCCUCCUCUUGUUCGGGCGCCGGAGCUGUCUUUCGCUUCUUGGAAGCCGGAGGAGCUGCUAGGAGGAGAAUACUCGUUAGCAAGAGAUAGGUAGCAUGAUUGGAGACUAGAA